AUGAGCGAAGCUGGCGAAAGUGGGGAGUCUUCCAACUCCAGUGUGUCGCAAGAUGCCCAUGGCAAUGUCGAUUGCCACUCCAACGGCUUAUUGCCUUUCGCAGAUCUUGCUGGAGCCAGAAGAUCUGCAUCCGAGGUGCAGAAAGGUCACGCUCAAGUCGAGCUCGCAGCGCUUUCUCCUGAAAGUCCUCCUUGUUGCUGCGGCGGAUUGCAGUACCUGCAGGAGAUGCUGAAUUACAUGGAUAGCUACUGCCAGGGCAUGCGCCCGUGGCAACAGCAGUGGGUGAGUCUGGUGGAAUCCGCAUGCAGGACGGCGCUGGACAGCGACUACAAGGAGAUGGCGCUGGUGGGAAGCUUGGCUUUGGCUCUGGAGACUCCCGGGAGCGAUGUGGACCUCGUGUGCGUUACCCACUCGCCCGCACAUCAAGUAGAUGCAGUGGCUGUUCUGAAGAAGGUCCGGGACAUACUCGUUUCCGACAGUCACUGCUCCGGAUUCCCUGAUGGCUACACCGUGCUAGUCAUUGACGAUGCCCGAAUACCCAUUCUGUCUGUGACGACGGGCAGCCAGGUCCUGGUCGAUCUGGCCUUGAACUCGCACCACUCCAUCCAGCAUGUAAGCUGGUUUCGGAAUGUCGGUGCCGUGCCUCCGAAUCCUCCGACUGUGCUGCAGGUCCCAGUGCUGACUGUGACGCUGCGCUGCCUGAAAUGGUGGUUGAGGAUGAGACGAAUUCCCCGCAUGAAAGAUGGCUCGCUGCCAACAGUGGCAUGGAUGCUGCUGGCAAUGCAUGUUUGCGCGGAGCAAAGUGGAUCUUUCUCACCGGAGCUCCUUUCAGAGAAUCCACUGGCGGCGGUACUUGCGCUCCUGAGUGCCUUCUUCCAGAGAUACACGACGGUCAGCGGUCUCGACGGGAAGCUGCAGUUUGAGAAAGGCUCUGCUGUCUCAAGCUUUCAGCAGAGCUUCCAGAAGCGGCCCUGCCAUGCUGAUCUAGUAAUCCUCGAUCCAGAAUCAGAUGUGAACUUGGCACCGCCGAUGUCGCCGGCAACACAUAUUCUGCUGGUGCACGAGCUACUUCGUGCAAGGUCUCUUUUGAAGAGUGUGAUGAGUACCGGACAGUGCCAGCAUCUUCACUCGGUUUUUCAGCCGGUGCCAGAGUUUGUAAACUCACUCCCUGCCUCCGCUUCCGACAGUUUUGAUGCGCUGGUGUUCCUGGGUGGGAAUGGGGACAGUUCAUGUACAGUUGAGCUCGUCCGCAUUCACAGCAUCCGCAAGAUGCCCUGGUGGCAAGCUCCUUUCCUAGCUCGCUGGGACAUGCAGAGCCACCUGGAUGCACACAUUUUCUGCGAGCAGCAAGUAGCUGGCCGUUGCACCUUUAUCCAGACGAAGGCCAUCACCUUAUCCCCCUGGAAUUUCAUCUGUCGUGUGGAAACAACCGGUGAUGAGCAGAAGGGGUUGAUUCUGGAUGACGAGGCCCUGCAUUGCAUGAAGAGUAUGAAGGCGCUGGCAUCUGAAAUGCAGGGCUGGGCUGCGAUCAAAAGCCGGUGA